AAAAGGAAAAGGAUCAUGGCCCAUCAGACAUAUCGUCCAUUCGUCCGGGCCGAGCUUUACCUUGUUACCCGCCGGUCCAGCCCAAUAAUCGAGAAGCCCACGAAACCACCACAAUACAGGGCGAUCUGGGCCGUCGGUCCGUCAGAUCACGAGCCAUCCAUUCCACCACCGCCGAGAGGGGACGGGGGAGAAAUGAGCGCGGCGGCGGGCGGGCUGCGGCGGCUGCUGGCGGCGGCGGCGACGGCGGGGGCAGCGGAGGUGCGUGCGUCCAUCUUCGGCCACGCGCUGAACCCGACGGGGAAGCGCGCGGCGACGAAGCUCCUCCGGAAGAAGAUGGUCGGCGACCAGGUGGCGCAGUGGUACCCCUACGACAUCAAGCGCGACGACCCGCUCGUCAUGGCGCGCGAGGAGAAGGAGCGUUUGGCUAAGCUGGAAAUGCUGAAGCGCCGUGGCAAGGGCCCGCCAAAGAAGGGACAGGGAAGGCGUGCUGUCAAGCGAAGCAAAUAGUCGUGCUACCAAUGCUCAGCUCUGUUUCUGGCGUUUGCCUUGUUUGAAUGCUGUAACGUAAUGAUUUGUUGGGUGACGAUAAAUGAAGAAACCCACGUUUGCUCGAUCAAGUUUUUUAGCUUACAACUGUUUUUGCAAUGGAACCGUCUUCCAUGUUGGAAGAAUGAUGUGCUUUCCAAUAGAGUUUAUGAUCUUGACACCUGAGUGGCAGUUAGCCAGUUACAGUGUUUUAGUAAAAAUUUUCAGGAUGAA